AUGACCAUCGGCCCAAGAACCACGGGCAACAACGGCGGCCCCGUCCCACCGACGGGACCCAACGUCACUAACACCGGCGACAACAUAACCCAAAACAACGGGCAGAACGGAGAUGGAAACGGAAAAGGACCAGCAGGACCAGCAGGACCUCACCUCCUAGAUCUCACCAUCGAUAACAUCACCCCCAACACAAUCCGCAUCAACUCGCAAAGCCCAAACGCCCGCCUGACCUACCUGAUGGCUCGGCUCGUCACACACCUGCACGAUUUCGCCCGCGAAACCCGGCUAAGCACUGACGAGUGGAUGGCGGCGAUUGAGUUUCUGAUUGGGUGCGGGCAGAUUUCGAGUGAUGUGCGGAAUGAAUUCAUCCUCCUCUCCGACGUCCUCGGCCUAUCCCUCCUCGUAGACAACAUCAACCACCCCAAACCCCCCGGCGGCACCGAAGGGUCCGUCCUCGGCCCCUUCCACACCCACGAUGCCCCGACCCUGCCCCACGGCGCGAGCAUGACGUCUGACCCCGCCGGCGAGCCCAUGUUGGCGAUCUGCACGGUGCGUGACACCCACGGCCGGCCCGUCCCCGGCGUUACUGUCGAUAUCUGGGAGACGGACAGUUCGGGGCAUUACGACGUGCAGCAUGCCGACCGGGAGGGGCCCAGCGAGCGGUGUGUGAUGGUGUCGGAUGACGAGGGGAGGUUCUGGUUUCGCGGGUUGAAGCCGGUUAGCUAUCCGAUUCCGCAUGAUGGGCCUGUGGGGGGGUUGUUGCAGUUGUUGAAACGGCAUUGUUGGCGGCCGGCGCAUGUGCAUUUUAUGUUUGGGAAGGAGGGGUGGGAUCGGUUGAUCACAGCUCUAUACCUCCGUGGAGACCCCUACGAGACCUCGGACGCCGUGUUUGGUGUCAAGCAGAGCCUGGUGGUCGACCUUGACAAGGUCGACAAGGCGACAGCGGAGAAGUACGGCGUAGAGGAAGGGACGUGGCUGCUGAAGCACGACUUUGUGCUUACCACCCAAGCGGAGACAGAAAAGCUGCGGGACGAGUUGGCCACCGAAGCGCUGCGGAAGCUGGGGUUGAACCUGAAAUUGGUCGAUCACCUCCCGGUGCCGGACUUGGACUAG